UCCCUCUCCCCCCCCCCCCCCCCCAGCGGACAUGGGGACCCUCGGGCAGAUCGUCUUCUGCAGCAUGAUUACCCUCAUCAUCAUAUUCGGGGCGGCCAUCAUCCUCAUCUUAGCCUUGUCCUUCUCAGGAAAAUUGUCCGAGGUGUCCAGCAACGACGUGACGCCCGUCGCCAACCUGGGAGAGGACGAGCUCCUCAGCUGCUACCUGAACUCGCAGGUCCAACCGGCCCGAUUCAGAGACGUGUCGGUCACCUGGGAGAAGAAGGGGCUGCGGGACCCGGUUUACCGGUACCUGGACGGAGCCCCGUCUCUCGCCGACCAGGCCCCGCUGUUCAAAGGGAGGACCCAGCUCUUCCCCGACGCUCUGGUGGCGGGGAACGCCUCUCUGCUGCUGAGGAGCGUGAGGCAGAGCGACGCGGGGGAGUACACCUGCAGCAUCAGCUCCUCCGGCGGCAGCGGAAAGGUCAAGGUUCAACUCAGAACUGCAGCCUUUUCGGUCCCCAUAUUUAAAUUCACCAACGGCGUCCUGGUCGCCGAGGCUCCCAGGUGGUUCCCCGAACCUCGCGUGACGUGGGUGGACUUUUUCGGGGCCGUCCUGAACGGGAGCACGAGCCUCGUCAAAAACUCUGCGGGGAUAUUCCAGGUCGUCAGCAGGCUGCAGCCAAUCAACUUCAGCGAAAUUUACAUCUGCAGGAUUCAGAACGACCUGGUGACCGCCCGUUCUCAAGAAACCGUAACAGAUUCUGGUGUUAAAGGGAACACAUACUUCACCUUCAGCGCUGCAUCUUCCCUGCUGGCAUCAACACACCUGAGCAUCAUGACCAGUGUUCUCUGCAUCUAUUAUCUCACUUAAUUACACACACACACACACACACACACACACACACUCCAUCUGGGCGUGAAUGCUUAAUUUAUUACAGUGGGUGUUGUUACAGUGUAACAGAAUUUUCUCAAUCAACAUUUUCUUGUUUACGUUCUCAGAUGUGCGUGCCAAGUUUUAAGUUAAGGUGCUAGAUUUUAAAAAUAUAUUAUUAUUAUUAAUUAUACUGUCUGUACAACAUAACAUUGGAUGAGCUGCAGAAAAAUAA